UGCAAAUAGGAUAUCCAUAAUAAUUAUAGAUGGUUAUAUAUAUCUCCAUUUGCAUUUGCCGCGUUGGGUUGAGGAUUGAGAUCUGUAUCGCCAGAAUCCAUGAUUUGUGUUGAAUGCAUCGUCUCAGUUAGGUUAAUUUUUUGACACUAGAUAAUGGAGGUACCAAGCAGGAGAAAACCAGUGAUGUACUGUGUUUGCCUUUUCUUCGUUGUCAAUUUUUUUCUUGAAAUUAGCGAUGCAUUUUAUCUUCCGGGAAGCUACAUGCACACUUACUCGACUGGAGAUCACAUAUAUGCGAAGGUUAAUUCAUUGACCUCUAUUGAGACUGAGCUUCCCUAUAGCUACUACAGUCUCCCUUACUGCAAGCCGCUUGGUGGCAUAAAGAAAAGUGCUGAGAAUCUUGGAGAGCUCCUCAGGGGAGAUCAGAUCGAUAACUCUCCCUACCUUUUCAGCAUGAAUGUUAAUCAUUCAAUAUACCUCUGCACCACGCCCCCCUUGAGCGAGGUUGAGGUAAAGUUACUGAAACAAAGGACUCGUGAUCUGUAUCAAGUAAAUAUGAUCCUUGACAACCUGCCUGUUAUGAGGUUUGCCAAUCAAAAUGGGAUUAAGAUCCAGUGGACGGGGUUCCCUGUUGGGUACACGGCACCGGAUGGUAGUGCAGAUUACAUCAUCAAUCAUCUCAAAUUCAAAGUCUUGGUUCAUGAAUAUGAAGGGAAUGGUGUUGAAAUCAUUGGGACUGGGGAGGAAGGUAUGGGUGUUAUUUCUGAAGCUGACAAGAAGAAGGUAUCUGGAUUUGAAAUUGUUGGCUUCCAGGUUAUCCCUUGUAGUAUUAAGAGGGAUCCUGAAGUCAUGACGAAACUCCAUAUGUAUGACAUUAUCUCUACUUCAGAUUGCCCAUCUGAGCUAGACAAGUACCAACCAAUUAAAGAGCAAGAGAGGAUAGCAUUUACAUAUGAAGUUGACUUUGUGAAAAGUGAUAUAAGAUGGCCAUCGCGUUGGGAUGCUUAUUUAAAGAUGGAGGGUUCCCGGGUGCAUUGGUUCUCUAUCCUAAAUUCACUCAUGGUGAUUUUUUUCCUAGCUGGUAUUGUCUUUGUCAUUUUUUUGAGAACUGUGAGAAGGGACUUGACACGGUAUGAGGAGUUGGACAAAGAGGCACAAGCACAGAUGAAUGAAGAGCUUUCUGGAUGGAAGCUUGUUGUGGGUGAUGUUUUUAGAGAGCCUGAAUGUUCAAAGCUUCUCUGUGUGAUGGUUGGGGAUGGGGUUCAGAUUCUCGGAAUGGCUGCCGUGACAAUUGUUUUUGCAGCCCUGGGUUUCAUGUCACCAGCUUCCAGGGGAAUGCUGCUAACAGGGAUGAUAAUUUUAUAUCUUUUCUUGGGAAUUGCUGCUGGAUAUGUCAGUGUACGUCUGUGGAGGACCCUUAAGGCAACUUCAGAAGGGUGGAGAUCAAUUUCCUGGUUAUCUGCUUGCUUCUUCCCCGGGAUUGCUUUUAUUAUUCUCACGGCACUGAAUUUUCUUCUCUGGGGCAGCAAAAGUACUGGUGCUAUUCCCAUUUCUUUGUAUUUUGAGUUGUUCUUCCUCUGGUUCUGCAUUUCAGUGCCACUUACUCUCAUAGGAGGAUUUAUGGGCACAAAAGCCCAGCAAAUUGACUAUCCUGUGCGAACUAACCAGAUUCCAAGGGAGAUUCCUGCACGUAAAUAUCCAUCAUGGCUUCUUGUUCUUGGUGCAGGAACUCUUCCAUUCGGAACCCUUUUCAUUGAGCUUUUCUUUAUCCUUUCCAGUAUCUGGCUUGGGAGGUUCUAUUAUGUAUUUGGUUUCCUCUUGGUUGUUCUUCUACUGCUUGUUAUUGUUUGUGCUGAAGUGUCGGUGGUCCUCACAUAUAUGCAUCUUUGUGUGGAAGAUUGGCGGUGGUGGUGGAAGUCGUUUUUCGCUUCAGGCUCUGUUGCUCUCUAUGUCUUCUUGUACUCCAUUAACUACUUGGUUUUUGACCUGCAGAGUUUGAGUGGACCUGUCUCGGCUAUGCUUUAUCUUGGCUAUUCACUGCUCAUGGCAAUUGCAAUCAUGUUGUCAACUGGAACCAUUGGCUUCCUUAUGUCAUUUUACUUUGUGCACUACUUGUUCUCAUCAGUAAAGAUAGAUUGAAGUUUGCUACGCUAUCUCUCACCAACCAAGCAAAUGGCAUGCUGGAAGAGGGAUUUUUCUUAAUUGGUAGUUCGAGUUGUUUGAUUUCAAUGUUGCGAAAGUGACUUUCUCAUCAACCAUAGUUUUCGUUAGUUAUCUUUACAUAUUUAGCUUAGUAUUAUAAAUUACAUCAAGGUUUCUAUUAGAUUCUUCAAGAUUUCUUCUGCUUGAUGUUGAGGACAUACAUACCAUUUCCUAGUGGAUGUGGAAAAUAUCAAAUAAGUUAUAAAUGCAUUGAAAAUUA